AUGAUUAUUUCAUUCUUGAUACUUCAGGUUAUCUCAAUUGAACCAGCAGACGCAUUUUCAUCUUUAAAGGUUUACAUUACAAGUGCUACAAUCCCGCUCAUUAUAUGUAAAGAACCUGAAUCUCAAAACGUCAGACGAGAACUUGAAAAGACAUUUCACAGAGCACGUGAAGGAAGGAGGAGGGUUUAUCCACUUUGCCAAGGCCCCCUGGCACUGCCAGGGGUAGCACGGUCCGAGGGAGGAAUACUAAGUGUCAGGGUAGUGCUCUCUCUUCUAUUCUUUUUUAUUCUUACUGAGGUAAAGAAGCAUCUCAAAAAUGGAAAGAACAUUUCAAAGGGUUUUGGUUUCUUAGAUUUCGAAUCUGUUGAUACAGCAGUGAAAGUUUGCAGGGAUCUGCAGGUUCUUGAAAGAGCCGAAGAAGGUAAGAGCUUAGAGGAAUUGCGGGCUCAAACUACUGCCCGGUUCACUGACUUCACGAAGUUACUGAAAAAGAGGAAGAACGUAACAGUGUUGGUAGGACGAAGGAAAUGUUAA